CACACCCUUGCACAGACAUUUCUUGCUGAGUCUGGUAAUACUUAUUAUGCGCCUGGUCUCCAAACUCCUCAGGCAUUGCACACGGCCGGCAACGACCAAAGCCUUGACCACCGCCUUCCUACCAAGGAGUGCUGAUCACAACGCCCUCAGAGGCGCUUGGUCACCAGGGGCGCAAGCACCGCGCCACCUCUGCGUUCCUGCUGCAGCGGCAGCUUCGGACUCGCCGGCGGCCGCUACCACAAGCGGAGCCAUGUCGGGCCCCAGCCUGAUCGUCGAGAGUGACUGGGACCAGCUGGGGACGCACCUGGCCGCCUACGAUGAACAGCGUGAGGCCAUCAUCAAGCGCUGCAGAGACAUGCAGAAGCUGGGCAAGCAGGCAGUGUACACGCUGCACCGUGGCGAGACCAGCAAGGCCGCUGACCAGCUCGCCAAGGCCGAGGCCAUCGCUCGGGAGAUGCUGCCGGCGCUGGCCAAGUACCCGGCGCUGCGGCAGGGCUCCUACGCGGCCGCCGUCGAGGAGUACGCCGAGGCGAUGGCGUUCGCUGUGUUUCUGAAGGAGGGCCGCCUUAUCCGGAGUGACGAGCUGCCACUGGCGGAGCCGGAGGAGUACCUGGGCGGUGUGCUCGACUUUACGGGGGAGCUGAACCGCUACGCCAUCGCCCGCGCCACGGUGCGCGACAAGGCGGCGGUGCAGCGCUGCCGCGAUCUGGUGGACGCCAUCAUGGGCCGCUUCCUCAAAUUCGACCUGCGCAACGGGGCGCUGCGCAAGAAAUACGACGCACUCAAAUACACGCUAAAGAAGAUGGAGAGCACGCUGUACGAGCUCUCGCUGACGGAGGCGAUGGGCUUCAAGAUGGCCAGCGAGGGAGCCAUGGAUCCCGAGGGUGCACCUGGCGGUGGCGAGGGUGCCGACGAGGAGUGAAGCAUGGGACUAAGCCAAAGCUUGUUGAGUUCGAGCCACAGCAAGUGUCGAUGUUACAGCAGGUUUUGGGGAGGAUGCCCUUGCCUACUGUGGCUAUGGCGCCAGAUAGGCUGUGCUAUAGGACCUAGCCGGGCUCUGGUGUUGAGGCGUUGUAACCCUUCUGGCUGCGUGCUUGGCUGCGAUGGCUGAUAUGGAAUGCGGCCAGGGGCGACUCACGGGGGCGACUGGAUGCGUGCCGUGAGGACUCUCGCGGAGUCACGAAUGCGAAUUGCUGUCAUGCGACGGAUCGGUGGGGAGAUGGUUUUAAAUCUCUUCCUGUCAGGGGCAGUGGCUUGCCGCCGCUAACUUGUCCUGAAUUGCUGUACGCCGCACCUUCAGUCAAGUGCAUGUCCUUUCAGGUGCUGAAUGCCUUAAAGCCCAUAAAUG